AUCAACUACCGGAUGAGAGUCACCAUGAAUGAUGGACGUCAAAUGGUCGGGCAGAUGUUAGCGUUUGAUAAGCACAUGAACCUCGUUCUCGCGGAUACCGAAGAGUUCAGACGCGUAAAGCGCAAGGCCACCAAGUCUGCAGCUGCUCCAGGUGCCAGCAGCAAUUCAGCACCACUUGUCGAAUCGGAAGAGAAACGUACACUUGGUCUUACCAUUGUGCGAGGUGCCCAUAUUAUCUCCCUCUCCGUUGAGUCUCCACCGCCAGCCGACCCGAGUGCGCGUCUAGGAACCAGUGCGCCUGGCGGGAUCGCCUCAGCGCUUGCUCCCGGUGCUGGAAUUUCCAGACCUGCUGGAAGAGGAGCCCCAGUUGGUUUGGCGGGUCCUGCUGCUGGAAUUGGCGGCGCACCUCCUCCUGCUUUUGCAGGCUUCCCAGGAGCUCCUGGAUUUGGUAGAGGAGCACCACCCCCAGGCUUCCCACCUUUCCCAGGACAGGGAUUUCCACCAGGACCACCACCGCCGGGCUUUGCCCCACCAAGAAGAUGA